CUGAGUCCAAUACGAGUAACCCUGCCAAAGUCCAAAGUGUGUAGACACAGCUUCCAUGAGGCAAAGAUUGUGGAGAGACGCUGCCUUAGCAGCCCAGAGAGAAGCCAAACUGCUGGCAUGUUCCUGCGAACAGCGCCACGUACGGCAGAGGCAGAGUCCUGCCAUCAGGAAGCCAGGAUGCAGUGGUCCGAGGAGAAGCCGGGUCUGGGUGCCGCUGACAGCUCGCUCUCUCUUGGACCUGAGGACUUGGUGGACUUGAAGACUUGUGAGCGAACUGCGCAGAAGGUUGCGGAAGCUGGGGCCACGCACACUUUCUCCUUACACUUAGUUAAACGUCUCCUCAGACAGUGCCAUAUAAAUACUGGAGCGAAGAAUCCAGCCAGGCACCAUCCCAGAGUCUAGCGCGGGCUUUCUCACAAAUGUUUGUUGCUGGCUAUGCUGUGAUGGCUGGGGCUGCAGAAAGACUUGUGCUUGGAUAUGACAGCUUCGGGAACAUAUGUGGUAGGAAGAACACUCCUAUAGAAGGGGCACCACUUUCUGGACAGGAUAUGACUAAUAAAAAGUAUGUCUUCCAUCUAAAUUCCUGCAGCCUGGAAAUGCAAAGCCUCAAAAUAAGUUCGCUUUCCUUGUGCGUGUCUAGUUGUCCAGAAGAGCAACUCCACUCUUUGGAAGAUCUCCAGAGUUUUGCAAGGAAUAAUGGUUCUUGUCUUUGCAUUUACAACCUGAAUGUUUCUAGUUACACACUAGAUCCGAGGGCAGCUGAGCUGUGUCCCACACUGCCAGUUCCACCAAGUAAAUCUUUUCCAUUAUUGAAUCGAUGUGUUCCCCAAAGUCCUGAAUGUUACUCCAAGUAUGCCUCUGUCUUGAUAAGCAUGGUUAAUGACAUGGAUGUUUUUCACCGAAUCCUGAGUGGAAUAUUAGCAGGAAGAGAUACUGUGGUAGGACUGAGUGUCCUUGCACUAGCCUUCUCUCUUAUGCUGGUUUUAGCCUUCAGAUUUAUUGGGACGCUUCUUGUGCAUACUUUGAUUGCACUGCUUGUGUUUGGUUUAUUGUUUGUCUCAGGUGUUCUCUGGUGGCUCUAUUAUGACUACAGGAAUGAUCCCAGCACUGAAUUGGAAACAGAAAAGGAAAAUGUAAAAUUUCUACUUGGAUAUGCUAUCUUCUCAACAGCAGUUACUGUUGUUCUGCUUUCCCUUAUACUUGUACUGAGGACGAGACUUCAGUUCACUGUACAGCUCUUUCGAAAUGUCAGUGAAAUCGUUGGCAGAAUUCCUUUCCUCCUGUUCCAGCCACUCUGGACCUUUCUUAUUCUCAUGAUGUUCUGGGUGUUUUGGGUUGCUGUACUGCUUAGCUUAGGAACUGCAGGUACUGCACAGACUACUUCAGGAGGACAAGUGGAACACAGAGCUCUGUCGGGAAUUUGCUACCUGGUGUGGUAUCAUUUUGUUGGCCUUAUCUGGACCAGUGAGUUCAUUCUUGCCUGUCAACAAAUGACAAUUGCUGGAGCAGUGGUCACUUGUUACUUCAACAGAAAUAAAACUAGCCCACCACCUCACCCAGUCCUGUCUUCCAUAUCAGUUCUUUUUUGCUAUCAUCUAGGAACUGCCAUAAAAGGCUCCUUUCUAAUUGCAAUACUGAGAAUACCAAGGAUUGUUCUCUUAUCCCUUUAUAAUGCCCUAAAACAAAAGGAGAGUGCGUGUGCCAAGUGCCUAUUCAAGUGCUGUUUCUGCUGGUGUUGGUGCCAGGGGAGUUGCUUGAGAUACUUUAACCAGGCAUACACAGCUACAGCCAUAAAUGGGACAAACUUCUGUAUGUCAGCAAAGGAUGCUGUCUGUAUUUUGGAGAAGACCUCUGCUAGACUUGCAUCCAUCAGCUGGUUUGGAGAUUUUCUCCUGUUUCUAGGAAAGGUGUUUGUUGUAUGUUUUACUGUUUUUGGAGGACUGAUGGCAUUUAACUACCAUCGGGAGCUGCAAGCUUGGGUGGUUCCUCUGCUGCUGACUGGAUUUUUUGCCUACCUGAUGUCCCACAGCUUCCUGUCUGUGUUUGAAGUGACAGCAGAUGCCAUGCUCCUUUGCUUUGCUAUUGAUAUGGAAACAAACAGUGGAUCUGCAGAGAAGCCAUACUUUGUGGAUCAGGAGCUGCUGACCUUUGUGAGUCAAAGUCACAACUUAGCAGAAAGACAACAGCACAGAAGCAUGAGACCUUUCCAAGACCAUGAAGAUGGGAUGGAGCUGCAGCCUAUGACAUGAAUUUGAAGUGCCCUGGGGAGCAUGGAGGCAGACCAGCAGUACCAAAAACAGUCCUGGAAGAAAAGCAAAGGUUACCAAGACCCCAGGACAGAGCAUUAGUGCUCUAAAUCACUGCACUGGUAAAAUGACACACAGCCUGCUUGUAUCAAUAGUGGAUUUUGUGUGCCAGCACCUCCCAUUUUCAUCAAUGCCCUUCUUAUGGUGGUCUGAAAGUUGCUAAUAAACUCCUUGUAAAUUUU